UUGUAGCAUUUUUGUGUAUCAACCGAAAUGGUCCCUCGAAAAAGUUUAGAGCACUCUGCAGGGACCAAUCCCUUCCUGUCUUGUCAACAAGAGGCUAACGGCUGAGGUGACUGCAAAUCACCCUCUACGCGACAAUUUUCCUUUCAGAAGUGAGCAGUCUCUGUUCUUCUUCUAUUGCAUCUUCUGUGAUACCUCACCUUACUUAUUUCUGUUUCCUCGAUCCUGCACGUCCUCUCUCUGCCUUACCUAUCCCUUCGCUCGGCCCUCGAAACGUGACACCGCCCGCAUUUACUUGAUCAACUCGGGCGGUCAGUCUCGACCCGCAGAAAACUGUCGCCGCUUCGUCCACAUUUAAAAUAUUAACACUACCUCGCGGCGCUCAGCUCAGCAUACGUUCCACGUUCCCAGACUGCACGGCGCAUCUGUAGCCCAAAGAUGGAUGUAGCUGUAUUGAGAGGUCGCAUUGUCGCGACACUCAGCCCUGAUGCAGACCUUCGACGCCGCGCAGAACUCGACCUCAAGACCGCCGAGGAGCAUGCUGGAUUUACGGAUGCUCUCCUCGAAAUCCUCCAGGCUGAGCAGGAAGCUUCUGUGCGAAUGUCCACGGUUGUUUACCUGAAGAACCGAGUCACCAGAGGCUGGUCACCGAGCGAGGAAUCCCCACAGAACAAAGCUAUUGCCGAUGAUGAGAAGGCGAGGUUUCGAGAGCGCCUUUUGCCGGUCCUGGCUUCCUCCCCACCGCAGAUUCGACAACAACUUGUGCCCGUCCUACAAAAGAUCCUACAUUACGAUUUCCCCGAGAAAUGGCCCUCCUUCAUAGAUAUCACAGUCCAGCUGCUCAACACAAACGAGGCUGCCUCAAUUUUCGCCGGCCUGCAAUGCCUCCUUGCAAUCUGUCGCGUGUACCGCUUCAAAUCUGGUGAAAAUCGAGCCGACUUCGACAAGGUUAUUGAGUUGACCUUCCCAAGACUAUUGGUUAUCGGAAAGGGUUUGAUACACGAGACAAGUGAGGAGGCUGGGGAGAUGCUCCAUGUUGUCUUGAAGGCAUAUAAGCACGCGACUUUCUUCGAGCUUGCUGCUUCUCUGAGAGAGCAGUCUGUGGUUAUUGGGUGGUUGGAGGUUUUCCUAGGAACCGUCACAAAAGCUGCUCCGGCCUCAGCCCUACCAGAAGACUUGACUGAGCGUGAAGCAAAUCACUGGUGGAAGUCUAAGAAAUGGGCAUACUUUAAUCUCAACCGUCUCUUUGUUCGCUAUGGCAACCCCUCCUCACUACAAAAAGGCAACGGAGACGACUACACCGAGUUCGCCAAGAACUUCACUGCCAACUUUGCUCCAGAAAUUCUCAAGGGCUACCUCUCACAAAUCGAGCAAUGGGUGGCUAAGACAACAUGGCUCAGCAGACCAUGCUUGUCAUACACCCUCGUUUUCCUUGAUGAGUGCAUCCGACCAAAGCAGAUGUGGACUCAUCUUAAGCCACACCUUGAUACCCUCGUUACCCACUUCUUGUUCCCGGUUAUGUGCCUCAGCGAGGACGAUAUUGAGAAGUUUGAGACGGACCCAGAAGAGUACCUUCACCACAAGCUCAAUUUCUACGAAGAAGUCUCCGCGCCAGAUAUUGCUGCCACAAACUUCUUGGUUACUCUUACCAAAGUCAGACGAAAGCAUACGUUCACCAUCCUGACCUUCGUAAACACGAUCGUCAGCGCAUAUGAGGAAGCUCCAGAUGCAAGCAAGAAUCAUGUGGCAAAGGAAGGUGCUUUGAGAAUGAUUGGAACCUUGUCAAGCGUCAUCUUGGGAAAGAAGAGUCCAAUCGCCGAGCAAGUGGAGUAUUUCCUUGUUCGUUUUGUCUUCCCAGAUUUCCGAAGUACUCAGGGAUUCUUACGUGCAAGAGCCUGCGAUACCGUGGAGAAGUUCGAACAGCUUGAUUUCAAGGAUACCAAUAAUCUGCUCAUCAUUUACCGUAACAUCCUGGAAUGCAUGGCAGACCCAGAUCUUCCUGUUCGUGUAGAAGCUGCUCUUGCUUUACAACCUCUGAUCAGACACGACAUCAUCCGCACUAAUAUGCAGCAGAACAUCCCUCAAAUUAUGCAACAGCUUCUCAAGCUUGCAAAUGAGGUUGAUGUCGACGCUUUAUCAAACGUUAUGGAGGACUUUGUUGAGGUUUUCGCAACCGAGCUCACCCCAUUCGCAGUUGCGUUGAGUGAGCAGUUGCGAGACACCUACCUGCGAAUCGUCAGAGAACUGCUGGAGAAGAACGAUAAGCGAGACGACGACGAGAGCUAUGGCGAUUACUUGGAUGACAAGAGUAUCACAGCUUUGGGCGUCUUGCAAACAAUUGGCACCCUUAUCCUUACUUUGGAAAGCACACCUGACGUACUGCUUCACAUGGAGUCAAUUUUGAUGCCAGUGAUCAAGGUGACUUUGGAAAAUAAGCUUUAUGAUCUGUAUAACGAGGUCUUUGAAAUUAUCGACAGCUGCACAUUUGCUGCCAAGUCAAUCUCUCCAACAAUGUGGCAAGCAUUUGAGCUUAUCCAUGCCACAUUCAAGGCUGGUGCCGAGCUGUACCUCGAGGACAUGCUCCCAGCGCUUGACAACUUUGUACAGUACGGUGCCGCCCACCUCGUCCAGACUCCGGCAUACCUCGACGCCAUGUUCGGCAUGGUACAGGAUAUGUUCGCGGAUGAGAAGGUUGGCGGAGUUGACAGGAUAUGCGCCUGCAAGCUUGCUGAAGGUAUCAUGCUGAGUCUCCGUGGUCAUGCCGAUCAAUAUGUCCAGUCUUUCAUUGGAAUUGCGAUGCGCACUUUAGUGAAUGCAGAGGUUAAGGUCAAAUCGUACAAAAUCCACCUGAUGGAGAUGGUCAUCAAUGCCAUUUACUACAAUCCAGUUUUGGCUCUUCACAUUCUGGAGACGAACGGUUGGACAAACAAGUUCUUCAGCUUGUGGUUUUCCAACAUCGACAGCUUCACCAGAGUCCACGAUAAGAAGCUAUCAAUUGCUGCCAUCGUUGCAUUGCUCACACUCAAUGCUGAUCAAGUACCAACCAGUGUCCAACAAGGAUGGCCUAGAUUGCUCCAGGGUAUCGUUCGAUUAUUCCAGACCCUCCCAGCAGCCACCAAGAACCGCGAAGAAGCUCUCAAGGAUGAUUACCCAGUCGAUGGUGAUGCGUACGAUGAUGAUGAGGAUGACGAGUGGGCCGGUGAUGACACUGCCUGGAAUGAUGAGAACGAGCCAGAAGAUGAAACCGAUGGCAAGGAUGAGAGCACUGCUUAUCUUGAGUUCUUGAACGAAGAGGCACAAAAAUUCCAGAACCUCGAGGAUAAUGAUUCGGAUGAUGAGUUAGGAGAGGAGAGUCUUCUGGAAACACCUCUAGACAAGGUCGAGCCAUAUCAACUCUUCCGAGAUGCCCUCUUGAAACUCCAACACGAGCAACCCCAACUCUACGAGUCCCUCACAACGUCUCUCAACGCCGGCGAACAAACAAUCGUCCAAGGUGUUGUGAACCAAGCCGAGAUCAACGCAGCAGCCGCCGCCGCCUCAGCCACACAAGCCUUACAAGCUGCCCAAGUUCCCGCCACGAACGGAGCUCCUUGAUCUAGGACUAGCAAUAGAUAACGAACCAGGGCGUGGAGGCCGGUGUGGGGUUUUGCCAAAUGGGUCGAGAAUCAAGAACGGUGUGAUGCAUGGCCGGGCGUUUAUAUGUGUUGGUUGGGCACUCCUCAGCGUCCAGGUCGUUUGAGUAUUUGUGUUUUGUGGAUAUACUUCUCCCACUUCCUUUUUUUAUUUUCCGGAGAGAGAAGCAUCGUUUUGGGCGAUUGAUUGAUUGAUCGAGCUAGCGAGAAUGCAACGUCAGAAUGGAUGGAUGGAUGAAUGAAUGAAUGCAGAAAGAAAGGCGCGAGACCAAAAUGCGAGAUUGAGAUUUUUUUUUCUUCAGAUGGGUUUUGGGCGACCAGAAAGAAAGAAAGUAGGAAAGAAAGAACGAACGAAAGCAUGAAUGAAUGAAUGAAAGGUAGGUAGAUACUUGGUGGACGGGAUGGAUGGAUGGAUGGAUGUUCAAGUAGAUGAUACAUAUCAAUGAAUUCCAGUUGUCUUC